UCCAGCCCUCAGAAGCUCACAGGACCAAAUGCCUCACCAUGGCUAUUGCAGACAUCUUGUGGCGUGCAGGAAGCAAUGAGAAAGCAGUUGUGGCACUGCCGUCAGGAAGACAGCAGUUCACUCCCAUAGGAAAAUAUAAGGCAGAUGGAAUCUUAGAAACUCUAAUCCUGCAUAGUGCCACAAGAUAUGAGGAUCUGAUUGUACUUCUUCAGCAGAAUAUUCACCAGUUUGAAAUUGGUCCCUGUGGGUGCAUCCUUCUGACCGUGUCCGUCAUCUUAUCGAGAUCCAUCAAUCUGUGA